CGCUCGAAGGAUUUUCUCGCGUGAAGGAUUCAACGAGUACAGAUAUCUAGUAGAAGCGUACCUCUGCGUGACGAUGGCACUAUUAGUUCUAGAAGACAGCAGCGACCCGUGGAGAGGGAAAGCAUUCACAUCUAGCAAUCCCCCAAAGUGGUUGAAGGUCGAGGGUGACGAUUUCAGCUCCAAGUCAGAGUAUUUGUGGGAAAAGAACUCAGGGGAGGACCUCAACUUCCUUAAGGUCUACCACAGGAUGUUGCAGGUCGGGAUAACUGAGAAUUUGGGGAACGAGAAGAUGGAAAAAAUGGUGUUCUUCUUCAGUAGUUGCGGCGAGGAGUCUGGAUUCGACCAGGAGAGAUGGGAGAAGGACUACAAAGAGGCAUGUAAGGGUUUCAGGAACAGAGGAUACAAGAGUGUUCUAGAGAUUGUGUACUGGGACUUGAGAUCUAGCAAUUAAUUGGGAAGGGAUCUGGAAGAAGGAUAAGGGAUUCCUUUGGACUGCUGCGGCUGCGAUGGAAAAUAGGGUUAUAAGAAAAUCCAAUAAAUGAC